AUGAGGACGGCGGAGAAGAGACUUUCGAGGAGCAAGAGUAGUCUUCAUCGGCUACCACUCCCAACUCCCCGAGGCCUCCUCGCCGCUCUGCUGAUCCAUCGCACCAUCGGAUUGAUUGAUGUCGAGGAUCUACGACCUGCAAGGCGGCGGGAGCUCCGCUCAGUUUCCAUCGAGGCUCUACCAGCCACGCAAUUCGAGAUCGAAAAUUACCAUCUUUGA